AUGGACAGACGUGGCAGCGGCAGGCGCCGGCGGAACUUACACCCUGGCGCCCUGAAUCUUGAUGUCCCGAUUCCUGUGGGGCGUCCCGAGACGGACCUCUCGUUCUUUUUCCCUCUUUCGGCUCAUUCAACUAUUGCGGUCUCUUGCUUUUGCUGCCUUUGUGCCGUGGUGCUUGUGGCCGCUGCAGUGUUUGUUAACGUGCACCACAAAACUGUCAGCAACGAUGCUGCCCGUGCCACGAAUGUGUGUGGCGUCAUUGCCGACCCGUCGAUAGUAAACCGCGGUCGCAAUGUGCUCAUCGGUGCCUCCGUUGCUUUCAUACUUGUGUACAUUAUUGUAGCCGUCGCGGCGGUGUGGUAUCUUCGGCGGGUUUCAAUGAAGCUUGAACGCUCAAUGGGUAAGACGCACGCUGCCUUUGCGCACCUGGGCAAGCUCCAGUUGGAGAGUGUGCCACUCUACGUCAACGAAUUCAGUGAUGUGGACGCCAUUACGGAGAAGCAAACGUUUUUGCUUGAACGCUACUCCAGGGCGCUGGAGCUCCAACAAUGCGAGGAUUCCAUGAACGACGUUUCCUUGGUGCUCCGCCAGUUUCGAAAACUGCUCCCCGACGCCGUGUUUCACAAGGAGUCUCCGGUGGAGCUGCGGGACGUGAGGUUGGGAGGCACGGCCGUUUUGAGGACAUUGGGAGAGCAUUCAGCGAAUCGCCUGGGAACGCUCAUAUUGACGGGGGCUUCUUCCUUGCAGAGAAGGCACCGUCUCAACUCGCUUGCCACCCCAAAUCAGGGAGCGGGUUUGGCUCACCCCACGGACGCCAGAAAUGCUACGGAAGCGGCGCUGCCGCGCGAGUGUUUUAGGAGGCAGGCGGAAAACGAAAUUUCCCAAAAGACACUCAAUAUUUCUGGAAUCCAUAGUCGUUUUGGGUUUCGUCUGAAAGCAAGAAAGGCCACUGUCGUGCUUAUAUCCUUGUUUGGUCUCGCAGGGUAUAUGGACGAUGACAUGCAUUACUGCCAUUACCUUUCGCAACAGUUUCUCUCUGUGGUGACAGACCUCAUUGACAGACACAAUGGGACAGUCCUCAACGCGACACCUGACACAGUGAUUGCGGUAUGGAAUGCCUUUAGCGAUAACUCGGAUCACGAAAAGGCCGGGAUGCAGUGCGUAUGUGUGGCCACCCAAGCCCUCGAGCCUCUGCUUACGGAGGUAGUUGUUCCUAUGAGACUCGACCUAACCCUUGCCGUGGUGGCAACUUCAGGCCACGUUUUGGCUGGCACUGUUGGUUCAGAAGAGGAAUGUGCCAUGGUGGUGUAUGGGCGAUGCGUGCCCCUUGCAGAGGAAUUACCCGCCUUGUUGGUUGCGCAGGGCGUGAAAUAUGCGUGUGCAGGGGGCUUACCGGAGCAUUGUCCAGAGGCCUUUGCGUGUAUUCCAAUAGACUGUGUGACGGAUUUCGAUAAUAGCAGACAUGUGGUCUACGAGAUUGUUCAGAAACCCGUUCCGUCGCUCCAGCGAUUUACAGAGGCCUUCAAACAAUUUCAGGCGGGCGAAUACGAUCUUGCGGAGCGCACCUAUUUGGAGCUCGCGGGGGAAGACUGCAAGGAUGCCUGGACGCUGCGCAUGGGCCAGCUAUGCUCCUACCUGAAAAAGAGCGGGACGAUGUACACGCGACGAGUUCCCCAGUGGCAAAUUUUUCCAGUUGAGGAGCCUGGCGACAACACCGUGACGCAGCGUCAUAAGUUGUCCUAUCACUGGAGGAAGCCGAAGGUGACCCCCGUCGAGGAUCAACUGCGAAGCGCCAUACUGAGGCAGUCGGACGCACACGCAAGCUCGGCGACGGUGUUUGGCGAGGUUACCCAACCGCGGCUGAACUGCCGUCUGAGUGGCGUUCAAACCACCGCAAAAACGCGUCCUAUUUUGCAAGAGACGCUAAAGCAACCUCCAGUUGUGGAUGUGCGUGAUCGACAAGGCAUGACGUUUCGAAUGUCCAGCCGCAUCUUGGGCAUGGGGAUUGAGGGAAGUGUUUAUAUGGGCUUGUCGCCGACCGGCGCACUGGUCGCCAUCAAGGCAAUCCAACUGCCCACAAUGAGGCACUUGCAAUCGAAUCAAAUGAGCAGCGUCAAUCGUCGACGCUUGCGACGAAAAGGCAUUAACGUUGACGUGAACGUGGACGAGGCGCUGGACGCCAUCGUUAAUGAGGUGAGUUUGCUCUCGCGAUUGCGUCAUACCAACAUUGUGGGAUACAUCUCCUGCGCCGUAGUGGAGAGCAAACUUCUUCUUGUCAUGGAGUUUGCAAGCGGUGGAAGCCUUUACAACAUGCUGAAACGGUUCACCAAGUUUAACGUCGAUCGGGCGAAACAGUACCUGCGGGACGUUUUGAAGGGACUGGCGUAUUUGCAUCGAAAAGACAUUGUGCAUCGCGACAUUAAACCACAAAACGUUCUCGUCCUAGAGACUGGCCUGUGUAAACUGAGUGACUUUGGGAGGUCACAGCGUCUAUUGAAAACCUCCAACACUUCCCAACCAGAGGGGACAGCGCCGUACAUGGCUCCUGAGGCUGCACGCGGCAAGGCAGAGAAGGCCUCAGAUGUGUGGAGUUUCGGUAUUAUGAUGGCGCAGAUGUUAAGCGGCAUUCUGCCCUGGCCGAACAUGGACGAAAUGAUAAUUCAGGCCUUCUGCUACAAUGUGGGGUAUAACGAGAGUUUUGUGCCCCAACUGGACGAGCGCAUUUCAGCAGAAGCGAAGAAAAUCAUCAUGUGGUGCUGCAAUCGUGAACCUUCCAAACGACCUACGGCGGAAGAGCUCCUGAAAUGCCCCUACUUUAGGCAACCGAAAGCGCUUACGAAUACGCCCGCGUCGAACAGAUGUGCAAGCCGCCCUGAGGAGCGAGUUCAAUUCACCUCCUUGCAUGGUGUUCCAUUGAAGCCAGCCAGUCCACAUUUCCCAAACUUUCCUUUUUUUGGGGGGCUUGGGCCAAACAGCUUCAGUGCUUCCGAUUGA